AAGAAUGGAAGAAUAUAUAAUAUCUGCCCUUUCACGUACCCAACAAUAACAUUGCUCAUCUUACUUCAAACCACCAACUCCUUCGCCGUAUAAUCUUCUUUUGAAACCACCACCGCCGUCACCAACCACUGAACCCAAACCCUACCCUUUUCAUGUCUUUACACAGUUAGCAGUUCAUUUUCAAUCACUCACGUGACUGCAUCUGAUUGACUCAAAUAUGGUCAAGACAGAGGAACAUACCCCGGCAGGCCCGGUUAUUGGGCUGGGCAGCCCGGGCGAAAGCCGAGGCCCAAAACUAAAAUGGGCCCGAAAUUUUAAAUUUUUGUUUACUAUUAAUAUGUAAAAUUGGGGCCUGGUUUUGUUAAUAUAUAAGUGAGUAUUCAAGUUGGCUAGGAUUUCAGUUUUGUUCUCGAGGGUUGUGUGUUCGAUUCUUAGCAUUGCCAUUAUUUUUUUACCUUUGUUUUUUAUUUUUUUGUAGCCGGCCUGUUAAGCUUUGACUUUUGGUAUUUAUUUCCAUGUUUCAUAAAUUUUGGCUUGUGAUGCAUCUUUUUAGAUUCUAUUUUUUACACAUUAAAUUUAAGUUAGGAGAGUCGCACGAUUCGUUUAAGUAAGUUCAAUCAUUUUGCUGAACUAUUUUUGUUUGUUUAUUUUAUAAAAAUAGUAACCGUAUUGUAGUUUUUUUUAUACAUAACUGAUGAGUUUAAAAUAUAAGGAGUGGGCCCAUUUUUGUCUCGCCCGAGGCCCAAAAUAUUUUUAUUACUUUCGGAGACGGCCCUGUACCCCGGAUACACCAACUAAGAAGGAGUCAUAUUUUGGGGCCGAAGUGAAGAUCAGAUGCCACAUAGCAGUAGCAAAAGAAAUCCGGGUUAGAUUGAGACCAGGCUCCGCGAGGUCAGAGUUAUUUCGGGGCACAUGUUCUGGACCAUGGUUAGAUGUGCGAUCCACAUCUAAUGAAUCAAAUUUAGUCCACCUGAUACUACAGACUCAAUAUAUCCUGGCCGGGCUUCACAAUGCAUUAUUUUUUCGUGUUGGAGGUAGGGAGUUGCGGUUUGGACCCGAGGAGUUUUGUCUCAUCACAGGACUACGAUUCAUGCCUCAUUGUUGGAGACAAAAGAGACCAGAUAUCGCAUUUAGGGGGAGGGUGUUUGGUCAUGUACAAGCUAGUAUAAAGGUUUCGGAUCUCAAAAACGUCUUUGAUAACUCUCUUGACCGGUUAUCGGACGCUGAUGCAGUACGACUUUGUCUGCUGAUGUUGCUUGAGCUCGGGUUCAUGGGCCGCGAGUCAAAGUCAGUGGUGGACCCGGCUCUUCUAGAUCUCGUGGAUGACUUGGAGUCAUGGAACUCGUAUCCAUGGGGUUCGUACGUAUGGAAGGUUGUGUACGGGCAGCUACAUAAUGCGCUCGCAGAACGUUCUGCUCGAGUCACUUCUGUACUCGCUACAUGGAUUUAUUUGGGCCUUUAAGAUAUGGAUCUUUGAAGUUUUCCCUUACGCUAGGAAGUUUGCUGUCAAGCGUGGCGGGAUUCCGAGGGCCAUUAGCUGGGACGAGAACCAACGUAUAACGUGGGAGCUUGCACUACCAUUUGUCCUUGAUGCCACUGUGCCGGGAUUUGAGCCACUUCAAGUCUUGACGCCAACUCCUGCAGAGUCUGCCACGGAUUGGUGGAGAGCUAGCCGUCAAUUUUUAGAAAGUUCUGCUAAUGAUUAUUCACCGCCGUCGAAGAAGAAGGCACGGUUAACAUUUCAACCUCGCUCAUCAGAUAAGGCGCGUGACCAGCUGGCAGACGACAUCGCCACCACCGCCACCACCACCACCACCCUGCCGAGCUCUGACGACACCGCUACUUACCGAACUAUGGAUAUGGAGAAGGAGAAGGAGAUGAUGGAGAUUAAGUUACAAAAGUUGUUGGUUAUGACACGUCUCACAAGUCUAGAGGAGCGUUAUGAUGAACUAUGUAAGGCUAGACAGAGAUGUGUCGAGACAGAGAUGCCGACGCUAUCUAACCAUGUAGAGGAUCGUGUUGUGACGGGAAAGGUUUCAUCUCAAUCCGACAUAAUUUGCGUCCAAGGCUACAACGUGAAGCAAAGUGUUGCACCGAUUCUUGAAUCCAUUUUCAAGAAACACGGUGACAUUGCAGCUGAGUGUGUGUUCAAACCCGCUUCCAUGAGAUCAUCUUUCCUUGAGAACGUUUGUGAAGUUGUCAGUCGAAUUCAAACCAACGAUGGCAUUGAUAGUAUUGAAGAAAUAGAGCAACAGGUGUUGGCUACUGAGGCAGCCAACAUUAAUGUGUCGUGGCUUCGAGCUCACUUGGACGUCAUCCGCAAAAGGAAGGAGGCCAGCACGAAGUGCAGUUUGCUUAUGGAAACGAAGGUGAACACCGUUUUGGUUAAAAAAGCCGCCCAAAUGGAUCUUCGAGAGAGAUGUGUGGAGCUCAUGUCUGCGCAAGAACGGUUCGAAGAGGCUGAAAGAUGUGUGAGAGUACUUCAUCUUGUCGAAAAUAAUCUAAAUGACAGUAUCUUGGAAUCUAAAGGUAAUAUAGACUCAUUGACAAGUCAACCAGUUUUAUAGGCUAACUAUAUCAUGCUAGGGUGUGUAAUUAUUACAAAUUUUCCUUAAACACCAUAUAUUUUGUCGAAUGGGGCGCGACCCUUUUUUUUACCAAAGAUGACAGUUAGGUUUUG